AUGUCAUUUGCAGAAAUGAGUAUCGACGAAGCGCCCGACGACGAGCCUCUGGUGACCGGAUUCAGUGGCUUCACGUUAUCUGACCAGGAUGUCCGGAACCGUCAGUUACAAUACCACCGACCCUUGCAGCAACAACAACCGUUUGACGAUCUGACCUCGGAGUUCUCCAAUCUGCGAACUAGCGAGACCCAAGACCCCGACGAAAUGGACAUUGACGACCCCACGGAUCUUCUUGACCUUCAAUCUGUCAACCUAUCGCGCAUGAACCCCGAGUUCCUUCCGCCUGUGUCUACACCCAUCAAGGCAGGUAAGAGAAGAACUUCCUCGGUGUCAGUUGCUGCUGCGGCACCCAACUCGCCAUGGAAGAUCUCAUCUGUGUUCAAUCCCACUGAACUCGGUGCCCAGUUUGCUGUCAAGGAGAUUGAGAAGAAUGAAGACGUGGAUAUGAGCAUGGUCCUCUACUCCCCUGUCAAUGAAGGUAAACCCCUUGAUCAGGCAGACGAUAUCGAUCCCGAUCUUCGACCAGACGCUAAACACGGCGACUUCUCUCCUCAAUCUGCCCAGGCAGCAGUACACACUCCAGCACCAACUCUUCACACUUCCGAGGCUCAAAGCCCGGGGCAGGAUCAGUCUGCAGAAUACCACCUUCAUCUGCCCAACCCAACCCUUGGAUGGAUGAUUCAAAACCCCAACCUGCCGUACAUCAUUACCUCGUAUCUACAGCUCGCGUUCAACGGCAUCAUGCUGGCCGUCAUGGCCUACGUGGUCUACUUAUUUAUUUCCUCGGUCCGACAGGACGUUGGUUUCAAGUUCUCAGCUCAUUCGGGCGAGAUCCUUAUGGCAAAAAGCAAGUGUGCAAAGCUGUACCUGCUUAACGAAUGUGCAGCCAACUCCCGCCGUCCAGCUCUGGAGACUCUCUGUGACCAAUGGGAACUGUGCAUGAACAGAGACGAACAUGCCGUUAACCGAGCCCGUCUCGGAGCCGAAACACUGGCCGAAAUCAUCACGGGGUUCAUUGACAGAUUCUCAUACAAGGCCUUGGGGCUCAUUUCACUGCUUUUCCUGGGGUCCAUGUUUGUGUCCAAUUUUGCAUUUGGCUUCUUCAGAGCAAAAGCAUACUAUAAUGGAGAAGUGGAGAAACAGAAUGGCCUCUGGGAUAAAGCAAGAUACACUUGGGGAGGGAGGAAAGAAGAUGAACCGAAACGACUCGUCUUUGGUCAACAGAAUGUUCUCCAAAACUAG